AUGGAUCUUCACCGUUCUUCCAUAACAGUUGCACACAAACAAAGGGAGGGUUUUCAGGGUGUUGGCAUGGUGAAGCCAAGGGAAGAGAUGGUGGCCAACACAUGUACAAAGGAAGGGCUAGUUCUAGAGAGAAAAACAAGGCCACCAGAGCAGUUGAAUUGCCUGAGAUGCAACUCAAAAAACACCAAAUUUUGUUACUACAAUAAUUAUAGCCUCACUCAGCCAAGAUACUUCUGCAAGACUUGCCGGAGGUACUGGACCGGGGGUGGAUCUUUAAGGAAUGUGCCAGUCGGCGACGGUUCGAGAAAGAACAACAGAUCCACGAUGAUAUCGACACAGUCUUCAGCUUUAGCCAAAGUCUCUGAUCUAAGCUCGACGAGCUUCCCUUACUUGUUGUUGUCUCAAAACCCUAAAGCACCACUCCACAAAAGCCAGGACCUUAACCUGGUUUUCUCGACUAACCAAGAGACUCAUCAUAGUUUGGGUUUGCCUCGUUAUAAUGACCAGCAAAACUAUUACUCGCCUUCGGCUAUGGAGCUCCUUAGGAUGGAACUAAAAAUAGGGCUGGUGUGGUCCAUGGAGGUCAAGAGAAUAAUUGUGGAAGGGUUUUCUUCCCUUUUUAGAGAAAUAAAACCGAUUUCCAAUCCUACUGGAGUUGAUGAUCGAAACAAGGAACAAAGUAAUUCAGAUGGAUAUUGGAAUAAUAAUGGAGUGUUAGGUGGAGGAUCACGUCUUGAAAGCUGA